UUUGGCUGGCUCUGCUACACUUUGUUCCUGGAAUCUGCCUUCAAGAUACGCUUGCUGUCUUGAACAACUGUCCGUCUCAAUAAUAUUCCCCACCAUCUCCAGCAACGCGGCUACACGUCCACAACCUUACCACCCAAGUCACCACUACUUUUCAGCCUCUCUCGUCUUCUUUUCAACACAGCCAGGUAGACAUUAGCCACAAUGGUGGUCCUCGCGGCUUCAAUAUGCACAAGAGGCGGCAAGGCAGUCCUCUCGCGCCAAUUCCGAGAAAUGCAGCGCUCCCGUAUUGAGGCUCUCCUCGCCUCUUUCCCCAAGCUCGCCGACAGUGGAACCCAGCAUACCACCUGCGAACAGGACAACGUGCGCUACGUCUACCAGCCCCUCGACGAACUUUACAUGGUCUUGAUCACCAAUCUACAAUCCAACAUCCUCCAAGACAUCAACACUCUGCACCUCUUCGCCCAGGUCUGCUCCUCGAUAUGCAAGUCUCUCGAUGAGCGCGAGAUUCUCAAAAACGCUUUCGAGCUUCUGACGGCCUUUGAUGAGAUUGUCACACUAGGAUAUAGGGAGAACUUGACCAUGAGCCAGAUCAAGACUUUCUUGGACAUGGAGUCACACGAGGAGCGUAUUCAAGAAAUUAUCGCACGGAACAAGGAGCUUGAGGCUUCGGAGGAGCGCAAGCGCCGGGCCAAGCAGCUCGAGAUGCAGCGCAAGGAGAUGUCGAGAUCGCAGCGAGCGGGUGGAGGUAUGGGAGGAGGUAUGGGAAGCGGCAUGGGAGGUGGAAUGGGUGGUCGAUCGCCAUCGUAUCCUACCUUCACACCCAGCGUGCCCACGACCAACGUUACAGACACCUACGACUCGUAUGAAGCCGAGAAGAAGAAGGCAUCGAGCAAGCCAUUGGCUCUCGGCAAGAAGGGUAUGCAGCUCGGAAAGAAGAACAAGACCAGCAACAUGUACGAGCAAGUCACUGGUGAGGUCGCGCCAGCUGAAGAGGAGCCGCUUGUUGCACCUAAGCCAAGUGCAUCCGCUGCAGCAGCCCCAGCAAGCGCACGCCAAUCGACCUCGACUGACCGCGAACCCGUCCACAUUACCACCAGCGAGACCAUCUCGGCGAGACUCGACCGCGAAGGUCUUCUCAAGUCAUUUGAAGUCAAGGGCGAGAUGCAACUCAAGAUCACCGAUGCUUCUUUCACACAGGUCAAGCUGGACCUGGCCACGGGAGACACUCGUGGUGCUCAACUUAUGACACAUCCUAAAGUCGACAAGACAGUCUUCAGGAACGACAAGGUCAUUCAACUUGCUGACACAAGCAAGGGUUUCCCAUCAAACAUGGGUAUUGGCGUCAUGAAGUGGAAGCUGGCACCACGACCAGACGAUAUUUCGGACCCACCUAUCACAUUCCGUGUCUGGGUCGAGGACUCUGGCAACAUGUACAACAUCACAGUCGAGUAUGAGCUUACCGGUGGCGACUCGCUCAAGGAUGUUACUGUCGCCAUCCCUUACCAGACGGAUGAGCCUAACGUGUCUUCUUUUGACGCCGUCUACGAAGUCAGCGGUGAUAGUAUCGAGUGGAACAUUGGUGCCGUCGACGAGGCGAACAGCUCUGGUAGCUUUGAGUUUGAGGCUCAAGCCGGCAGUGACUCUGAAUUCUUCCCCAUGAACAUUCGCUUCAGCAAGAGCACACCUUUUGUAGAUGUAGAUGUCUCGUCUGUGACCCUACUCUCCAUGGGUCAAGAUAUCAGCUUCUCCAAAGACGUAAAGUCUGUUGCCGAAAACUACACCAUCUCAUAAGCGAUGUCAUGUUUCUGUUAAAGACGCAAGCGGAAUCUAUUACCAGCAGCAAGGAGUGGGCGAAUGUGCUGAGGACUGUAGGUUCCCUGGGCUAUACUUGGGAAGUCAGAUGUAGAGGGGUCCAGAUAGACACUUAAAACUGGAAAUGACAUGGAUUUGUGCUGAGAACAGAAGACUUUGACUUGUCUACGAAGGUGAAAGUGGAAUUGCCGUUGUAUACUCGAACAUCAUAUGUGGCAGGUCAUGUCAUAAGAAAUGAAACAUGUUAUG